GCUGAAUUUGUGCUGAAUUCUGAACUUCGCCCCAAGCUCCGCCACUCCUCACCACAAGGAACAUUCUCCACCAUAUGGCUGCUGGCCAAUUAACAGCCGCCGGUGUGCAACACCCGCCUGACCGGGCCUCGUGGCCGCCGACAGUGCGGAUGACAGACAAGAUUGCGCGUUUCGCGCGAAUUGUGGAAGUGCCGAAACAUGACAAGAGGCCAUCCCAUAUGAAAAAUGAUAAGAUAACAUCCGUACCACCCUCGAAGCUGCCACUCGCAAUCGCCCUUCAGAAAACCCCAUUCUGACAUUCCAAAUGGUGCCUGUUGACGUCCGACAUCCCCACUCCUGUUUAUGAACUGCGCGUUUUGGUAUCUAGUUUCAGCCUCAAACAAAGGCGCCACAACGAGAAGUUGACAACCACCCUAACCCGCACCAACUCACUGAAGCCAAACAUCAACAAUGCCAUAUCUCACAACCGAAAUGUCACCCCCGCCCCCACCCCUCGCGCAUGAGCUCCUCAUCGCCCAGCUGGCCGUGCAGCGCGCGGCCCUCGUGACCAAGCGCGUCCUCGCGACCCUCAACCUCCGCCCUCCGGGCCUCUUACAGCGCGCCAGCACCGAGCCCAUCAGCCGCUUCCUGCACCCAGACGAAUGCUCCUCCCCGACCUCGCCAACAAUAACAACGGCGACGACACCUCCCAACGGUCCCCUCGGUCACCCCCAUCCGGGGUUAGAACGGCGCCUGUCGCUAGCCAAACCGGACACGUCGCCCGUGACGGUCGCCGACUUCGCCGCGCAGGCGCUGCUGGUCGCCGCCGUGCACCACGCGUUCCCCGCGGACCGGAUCGUGGGCGAGGAGGACGCCGACGCGCUGCGGAGCGACCCGGACCUGGUGGCGCAGGUGUGGGAGCUGGUCUCGACGACGCGGCUCGACGACGCCGAGAGCGAGGCGCGGUUGGGAAGGCCCGGAAGUCCCGAGGAGAUGAUGGAGUUGAUCGCGCUUGGUGGGGCCAGCAGGUGCGGCCGGCGGCGCAGGUUCUGGUGCAUGGAUCCCAUCGACGGGACGAGUGCGUUCCUGAAAGGCGGGCAGUACGCGAUUUCGCUUGCGUUGUUGGAGGACGGGCGGGAGUUGCUUGGCGUGCUGGGCUGUCCGAACUUGGCGCCGGCUAUGAGGGGGAAGGUGGCGGAGCGGGUGGUGGAUAGGCACGGAAUGGGGUUGAUGCUGGCUGCUGUGAAGGGACAGGGGGCCACGUGGAGGCCGAUGGGACACGGUGCGCUGCGGGAGGCCACGAGGGUGGAUCGGGGCAUGGGGAAGCCGUUCGACCUGAGGGAAAUCCAUUUGGUGGACUCGUCGAGGAGCCCGGCGACGCUGACCGAGAAAGUGCGAGAUCUAGCAGCGAUUACGGGGGCGGUAUAUCCCGCUCAGACGGAGCUGUACUCGUCACAUAUGCGAUAUGCCGCGAUGGCUCUCGGCGGCAGGGAGUUCGUGCAGCUCCGCUGGCCGAAGCCGGGCAAAGGGCCAUGGUCUAUCUGGGAUCAUGCGGGAUCGCAGCUGAUUUACACCGAGUCGGGGGCCGGCAGAGUGACGGACUUGGCCGGGAACCCCAUCGAUUUUACUACGGGGAAGAAGCUGUCGAAGAGCUGGGGACUGAUCACCGCCGAUGAAAGCAUCCACGGGAAGAUCCUGGCGCUGGUUGAUUCGAUGCUUGCCGCUGAUGCCAAUGUCAACCCAUAGAGGGGUUUCAGGGACAAGGUCAUUUCAGGAACGGGAUACUUUACUGGCGUUGGUAGUGAUGAUGGGCCGGGAACGCAUGACACGCAAGGAUCGGGAGUAUCUACACUUCCUUUAUGACAUGGACAUUAAGACGGGAGCGUAUAGGCUUCAUUUACGAUGAAACGAAGACU